GCGCGGUGGCGAGAUGGCGGCGGCGGCGGUGGUGGAGUCCGGUCCGAGGCGCGUGGGCUUCGUGGGCGCGGGCCGCAUGGCGGAGGCCAUCGCGCAGGGCCUCAUCCAAGCAGGAAAAGUGGAAGCUCAGCACGUGCUGGCCAGCGCGCCAACGGACAGGAACCUCUGCCGCUUCCGGGCCCUGGGCUGCCAGACCACCCACUCCAACCAGGAGGUGCUGCAGAGCUGCUCCCUCAUCUUCUUUGCCACCAAGCCCCACAUCCUGCCGGCCGUCCUGGUGGAGGUGGCUCCUGUGGUCACCGCUGAGCACAUCUUGGUGUCUGUGGCUGCCGGGGUCUCCCUGAGCACCCUGGAGGAGCUGCUGCCCCCGAUGGCGCGAGUGCUGCGGCUCUCGCCCAACCUGCCCUGCGUGGUCCAGGAGGGGGCCAUGGUGAUGGCGCGGGGCCGCCGUGCCGGGAGUGGCGAGGCCGGGCUCCUGCGGACCCUGCUGGAGGCCUGCGGGCAGUGCGAGGAGGUGCCUGAGGCCCAGGUGGACGUCCACACUGGCCUCAGCGGCAGCGGUGUGGCCUUUGUGUGCGCCUUCUCGGAGGCCUUGGCCGAAGGAGCCAUCAAGAUGGGCAUGCCCAGUGGCCUGGCCCACCGCUUUGCCGCCCAGACCCUGCUGGGCACGGCCAAGAUGCUUCUGCAGAAGGGGCAGCACCCGGCUCAGCUGCGGACUGACGUGUGCACGCCAGGCGGCACCACUAUCUAUGGGCUCCACGCGCUGGAGCAGGGCGGGCUGCGGGCGGCGGCCAUGAGCUCCGUGGAGGCCGCCACCUGCCGGGCCCGGGAACUGAGCAGGAAGUAGGGUGCCGG